UGGAGGUGGUGCUGAAGGGACAGCUCCGCGGCGGCCUCGCCUGGGUCCCUCCCCCUUCGGCGCACCAGCGGGCGCCCGCCUGCCCGCCCGUCUGCCUUGCCCCGCACAGCUGCCGCGGGAGCCUCAGCAGCAGCCAUGAGCCAGGCAACCUCCCCGACUCCUCCAGCCGCCGCCGCCGCCGCCGCGCCCGCCCCAGCCCCAGCCCGCGCCGCCCGCUCCUGCCGUGGGGCUCCCCGCCGGCAGCCCCGCGCCUCUUCUCGCUGCCCCCGCCGCGCCUCCCCAUGCCCGGCGGGACCAUGAAGCGGCAAAACGUGCGGACUCUGGCCCUGAUCCUGUGCACCUUCACCUACCUGCUGGUGGGCGCCGCCGUCUUCGACGCGCUCGAGUCCGAGCAGGAGACGGCCGAGCGCAGGAAGCUGGAGCAGAAGCAGACCGAGCUGAAGAGCAAGUACAACCUCUCCGAGGACAACUACUACGAGCUCGAAGGGGUGGUCCUCCGGCUCAAGCCCCACAAAGCCGGCGUCCAGUGGAAGUUCGCCGGCUCCUUCUACUUCGCCAUCACCGUCAUCACCACCAUAGGGUACGGCCAUGCAGCCCCAAGCACUGAUGGUGGGAAAGUCUUCUGUAUGUUCUAUGCCCUGCUGGGAAUCCCCCUUACCCUGGUAAUGUUCCAGAGCUUGGGUGAGAGGAUCAACACUUUUGUGAGAAACCUCCUCCACCGUAUCAAGAAGUGCCUUGGCAUGAGGCGGCCAGAAGUGUCCAUGGCCAACAUGGUCACCAUUGGGUUCUUCUCCUGCAUUAGCACUCUUUGCAUUGGAGCUGCAGCAUUCUCCUACUACGAGCGAUGGACCUUCUUCCAGGCCUACUACUACUGCUUUAUCACCCUCACCACCAUUGGCUUUGGGGACUAUGUGGCCCUUCAGAAGGAGCAUGCCCUGCAAACCAAGCCCCAAUAUGUGGCCUUCAGCUUUAUUUACAUCUUAACUGGGCUGACCGUCAUUGGGGCCUUCCUCAACUUGGUGGUGCUUCGCUUCAUGACUAUGAAUGCCGAGGAUGAGAAGCGGGACGCUGAGCACCGGGCCCUGCUUAAUCGAAACGGGCAGGCUAGCAGCGUGCACACCACGGACACAACAGCUUCCUCGACCACUGCCGCACUUGGGGGUGGGUUGGGAGGGGGGAGCGGGGGUGGCCGAGGAGGGUUCCGGAAUGUCUACGCUGAGGUUCUCCACUUCCAGUCCAUGUGCUCCUGCCUCUGGUACAAGAGCCGGGAGAAGCUGCAGUACUCUAUCCCUAUGAUCAUCCCCAGAGACCUCUCCACCUCAGACACGUGCAUGGAACAGAGCCAUUCCUCACCUGGCCACUAUCCUGAGACGCCGUCCAACAGAUGCUUCUGCAAUGCUCAGCGUUCAGCUAUAAGCUCUGUUUCCACAGGACUUCAUAGCUUGUCGGCUUUCCAAGGACUUAUGAAGCGCCGUAGCUCUGUGUGAAAUUAGGGAACUCUUUAAAGACAAUCCUGAACUGCAGAGCAAGGAAGGAAACUAGUGGAGUAGGACAAAUAAAAAAAUACUGGCAGAGGAAAAAGGUGACAACCAAACCUAGACUGUGUAUUAAUACUAUCAAUGCAGGGGAAGAGAGACCCUAGACCAUGAAAGGAAGUGGAUAGUCAGAUGGACAAAGCAGUUGGUCAUCCUGACUGACACGCUGGAGAACUGAGCCCCUCAAAUCUCUACAGAGGGAGCUAUGGGUGGGCUCAGUUGUGUGCAUGUGGAUCUGGAAGGGUGGGGGAAAUGAAAGUUACCCCUCCAGUGGGGUAUAUCUUAUGCACCUGUUCUCCCCUGAGAGGGAGGUUUUUUCAUGCUGUUUAGGUUGGUCAAAUGUCUAAAUCUUUUUUCUGCAGCAAACUCCACAACAAGGUGAAACUUGAAAAUAAAUUUAUGCACCCUCAUGGGAGCGCUGGAUAGGGUGAGGGAAGGCUCUCGUGAGCAGGUGUCUGCAUCUGAUGUAUACCUCUGAAGACUGAUAGAAGGAUGUAGCAGCUUUUCCCACCCCAUGCCAACAAAAAUGCAUGUGUGUGUGUGUGUGUUGGGGGGAGGUGAAUGCAGCACUUUCCCCACUCCAUUCCCCUGCCCAUUUAAACAGCAAGGUACCCUCUCACUUGGCUCUCACUGGUGUGUAACUGAGUCCCGUGUGCAUCUUUCAGAGGGUGAGGAAUCAACUCCUGGGUAUAGAACAUGUCCAAAUAGCAUCAGGUAGGAAUGGUCACAUGUCUAUAAAUGAUGGUUAUUCAGUGUAAGGAGCUGAGCUCCAGCAAAAGCUGCAUUUAUAAUUACUAUGUCUUCUUCACAUAAGACACUGCUGUUCUGUAUCUUUCACUCAGGAAUAGGUUCUGGGGUACCAAAGUGUACAGAGCGGCCCCAAUUGUGUAUGUGCUUUUGUGAGGGUAUUCAUAUGCUACACAUAGGUAUGGACCUAUUCAUGCCACUUUCAUGCACGCAGGUCCCUUAUGGGAAAUGCCACACUGGAGGAUAUUACCCCAUGAAAACUGCCCAAACCCAGUGAAUCUGAGAUGAUCCCAUGUCCUCCGUUCCUUGCUUGGUCCCUCUCUGUUCAAAACAGGAGCACCCUUCCUCCUCAAGUCUGUCUUUCCCCAACAUGCCCAGUUUGUGCUGGCUGUGUUUGAACAUUCAAGGUUUGUCGUAAUAUCCCGAUGGGGCGUCUGCACACCGAGGUACCAGAGGAGUCUGAUGGGAUGUAAGGGCAGAACAUAUUCAAAUAAAACUUUCUGACCAAU